CCCUUCGCCUUCUCUUGACUCAUUACACUCCACACACACACCAAAAAGAAAAAUAAACAUGCCCAUGAUAUCUACUACUUCUCCUCGUUCGUUUCUUCAAACUCCGCCACCGCCGGUGAAUAUAUUUUCCUCCGGCGAUAAUUCUCUUCCAUCACCGUCUUCCGUCAGAUUCCGGCAGUCCGGUAACUUCACCACCGCAGCAGCAGCGGCGGCGACUUGUGCUUCCGUCGAAACUGAAUCUACCACGUCAAGGUACUCGACGCUGCCUUCUGACAUUAUCCAUGCUUCUCCGGCGUCUUUCUACGAGAUUCUAGGGAUUCCGAUCGGCGCUACGAUCCAGGAGAUCAAGGCAGCUUAUCGGAGAUUAGCUAGGGUUUGUCAUCCUGAUGUGGCGGCAAUUGAUCAGAAGGACACGUCGGCGGACGAUUUCAUGAAGAUUCAUUCUGCCUAUUCUACUCUUUCGGAUCCGGAUAAACGUGCCGAUUAUGACCGACGCCUAUUCCGGAGGCGCCGGAACGUCAAUUUAUACUCCGGCGGCUGUUCUCCUUCAGCAAUGUCGGCAUUCACCGGCUAUACUACCCGUAACUGGGAAACAGAUCAGUGCUGGUAGCUCUCUCCAUCAUUUGAAGCCUGUUGUAUAUUUUUCUGAGGCAUAGUGGGAAAGAGAUUUUUAAAACGGAAAAAAAAAUUUAGCUUAGAUUUGCUAUGUUUUACUGUUAUCUUAUUAGAGUUUCUACUUGUAUAUGCUGAUUAAUACUAACAUGAAUUUCAAAUCUCAGAAUUCCACUA